AUGGCCACGAGGCUCCCUCACAGAUGCGCCUCUCUGGUCUCUGGCUCCGUACGGAUAUGGUCUGCUCACACGUUCUGCCCGCCCAUGUCGGUUUCGAGGGUGAUGCCACCAAGAAUAUGCGGCCAAAGCUUUCGACGCUCUCUUCAAGUGAGUGCAACUAGGCGAUGCCAGAUGGGUCACGCUCGGAGCCUCACCACCACUGCACUUUGCUCGAGCGGCUCCAGUCGCAUCACUAUUAAAGACCCAGAGCCUCAGACUGGACUCUAUUACCACCCGACGCCGAUCAGCAUCUCUCGUGGUCCAGACCAAGUUGCAUCUACUGUCGAUGGGUGGGCAAUCUCGUUUUCUCCCAAGCCAUCCGCUUCUAACGACGCUGUCAUUGCCUACGUCCUACCAACAAAUACAUCAUCAUCACAGUAUGCAGAGCCAGCCGAGUUCGUACGCGCAAAUCCGGACAGGAUACGCAUCAAUCCGUCUGGAUGGAGGAUCAUGCACGAAGUGCUUCGAAACGAAGUAGUGCCUAACGAUGACUUGCUCAGAUUUGAAGCUUCAACGCGCGAAAGCGGCUGGGCACAUCUGACUGACCUUCGGCAUCCGCUGAUGCCAGGAAGGAUCGCGACGCCUGAGAACAUCAUUGCCUCGGUAGCGUUUACAGAUGGCCAGCUCAAUGUGGAAAGUUAUGAGGAGAACAAGUCUUACCGGCUUGUUACUGGAUACGAAGGCCCAAUUCAAAUGGCGGAUAGCUGGAUUGAAAAGUUGAAGAAACGAUUCGAGUCGCUCUGA